AUGUUCUCAGGCAACUGGAUGUGCUGCACCAGGCCGCCUCAUGUUUUAGUCGCUACGAUAUUUGAAAUAUCGCGGCAUACUCCAGCAUACUCCUCGGCAUACUCCACAUCUUCAAUGAAUGCAGGACUUGAACAGGUCCUGUGUGAACAAGGCUUUGCAGACAGGUUAGUAGUCGGCACCCAAGUUACAUGUUUCGCGGACGAGAACCAAAACGGCCCGAUGCUUUGCGAAGAGGGUGCAUCUCAAUUAGCCAAUCACGUCAGAGGAUAUCGGAUGGUUUUUGAAAGCCAUGUGGCUGUUGAUCUGUUCGCCGAGCUUGGCAAUUGGCUUGCAAACGUUUCGUCACCAUGCGAGGAGACAUCAUCAAAUAUUUCAACAAAUUAUCAACUGAUGAUGUCUCCUCGUCUGGUAACGAGACGUUGCAAACUAAUUGGCAAGCUCCGCGAACACAUCAACGGGCCCCCUGACCAUCUACCAAUGUUCCCAUACCCUUGGAACCAAAGCCAAUAUUUUAGACGUCGAGCACGAAAACACCCCUAA